AUGGCGAGCAGCAGCGAGUCCAAGAAUGAGUUUAUUGUGGGAGGGAAAUACAAACUGAUAAGGAAGAUCGGGGCCGGGUCCUUCGGGAACAUUUAUCGGGCGCUCAACAUCACCACUGGCGAGGAGGUGGCGGUGAAGCUGGAGUCUCAGAAGGCCCGGCACCCACAGCUGCUGUACGAGAACAGCCUCUACAAGGUCCUGCGGGGCGGGGUGGGCAUCCCCCGCACAUGGUGGUUUGGCCAAGAAAAAGAAUACAACGUGCUGGUCAUGGAUCUCCUUGGGCCCAGCCUGGAAGAUCUCUUCAAUUACUGUUCCAGAAGAUUCUCCAUGAAAACGGUGCUGAUGCUAGCCGACCAGAUGAUCAGCAGACUCGAGUACGUGCAUUCAAAAAACUUUAUUCACAGAGACAUUAAACCUGAUAAUUUCGUGAUGGGCGUUGGAUGUUACUGCGAUAAUUGCUUAGAGUCGUCUCCAGUGGGGAAGAGGAAAAGAAGCAUGACUGUUAGUGCUGCUCAGGGCACGUCUUUCGCGGACUUAAGCCAGCUAUACCUCAUUGAUUACGGUCUAGCCAAAAAGUACCGAGACAACAAGACAAGGCAGCACAUAGCGUACCGAGAAGAUAAAGAUCUCACCGGCACCGCCCGCUAUGCCAGCAUCAACGCCCACCUCGGCAUUGAGCAGAGUCGCCGGGAUGACAUGGAAUCCUUAGGCUACGUCUUGAUGUAUUUCAAUAGAAGCAGCCUGCCUUGGCAAGGGUUAAAGGCCUCAACCAAGAAACAGAAAAACGAAAAAAUCUGCGAGAGGAAGAUGGCCAUUCCCGUGGAAGAUCUAUGCAAGGGCUUUCCUGAAGAAUUCGCCAUGUACUUAAACUACUGCCGUGGGCUGCGCUUUGAGGAAACCCCAGAUUACGCGUAUCUGAGGCAGCUGUUCCGCAUGCUCUUCAGAACCCUGGGCCACCAAUACGACAACAAAUUCGACUGGGCCACGUUUAAGCAGAAGCCAGCUCAGCAGCAUGCAGCCCCUUCAAGCGGGCCGGCUCUGCAGGCCCAACCCCCCACUGGAUGCUAA